GUGAAGAGCGUUUUUUGAGCGAAGUGAAUUGCUGUGAAAAUCGAGAUUUUGGCAAAAUAAGGAACCAAGAACAGCUAGGUUCUUUGUACGGGUGCCAUCGAUUCGUGGUUGGUUGCCGUCUCCGUCGUCACUGUCCCAUACCCAUCGAUUCGUGGUUGGUUGCCGUCUCCGUCGUCACUGUCCCAUACCCAUCGAUUCGUGGUUCGUUGUCGUCUCCGUCGUCACUGUCCCAUAUUCGUCGAUUCGUGGUUCGUUGCCGUCUCCAUCGUUGCUGUCCCAUACUAUGGUAACAUCUCCUAGGGGAGCUUUGAACAUAAGAAAAUCGCUCCGAAGUGCUUCACCAGGAAAGAGCUUACGUAAAGUUGCGGAAAGUACUUAGCAUGUAAGAUCGUAGAGGUGGUACCAUUUCGCGAAGGGCGUUUGUUAAUAUAAAGUUACUGAAAAUUAGUCUGUUGUCCGUUCGUCCCCUUCCUUGUUGGGUUAACUACCCAGCUGGCGCCCAAAGGACCCCCCAAUAUAAAAAAAAGCCGGAGAACGUCAAAAAUCGCCACAUAUAAAUUUGGCGCCCAAACACGUGGGGCUAUAGCAGCGCUUUUGUCAUAUCUAUUUACUGUUUGCUAUAGAGUGGGGGUUUCUAAUUUUUACUUACCCAUCCUUAUCCUUAGGACGGACAACUGAGACAUUUUUAUGUCAGUAUAGUACUCUAAUAGUAAUUCAUUUAAGUUUCCCGUCUUUUUGGAGUACUCGAUUACUGAUUCAAAAUGAAUUCGAUUUUUGAUAUGGAAACAAAUUAUUUGAAAGCGUCGGAGCUUAAUCAUGAAUUAAAAAUAAGAGGAACCGCCAACCCGGAACGGCUGGAUCAUGAUACCAAAAGAAGAUAUCUUCGAAGGAAGUUACGAGAGGACAUGAACAGGCCGAAUUUGCAAUAUAGUACACCUAAUUUCGAUUUUGAUUUAGAAAAGGCAGAAGUGGACCAGAGCAUCGCAGAACUACGCACAAUGUUAAGUGUGUAUGACGGGAUAAAUACGGAUAUGGACAAACGAAUUCAAACCAAGGUCAACCAUUUGAUGGGUCGCAUUCGUCGAUUCGAGGUCGGUGAAGAUAAGGAUGACCAGAAGGCGUACAAGGAGGAUAAUCUUAUUCUAGUAGAGUCCUUGGAGGAGAUGCGCUUACAAAUAAUGGAGCAGGUCAGCGAUGUUGACAGAGUUGUAAGGACUGUAGGUAGGACAGACAAUUCGUCGAGAGCUGUGGAGACGGUAAAAAGUAUGCCUGUGUACAAAUGGGGUAUUGUUUAUGACGGUAGAUCGACCCAGGAGUCAGUCAGUUCAUUCUUACAGAGAAUUGAGGAGCUAAGGAUUGCACGCGGUACAUCGAAAGAAGAAUUAUUUAGAUCUGCUGUGGACUUAUUCCAAGGGCAAGCUUUAGUUUGGUACCGAUCUGUACGGGGUUCAAUUAAUUCCUGGGAGGAAUUAGUCGCUGCGUUGAGAAGAGAUUUUCUUCCUUCGGACUUUGAUGAUGACCUAUGGAGAGAGAUUCGAAACCGUACUCAGGGGCAACAAGAACGAGUAACGAUAUAUAUCGCUUAUAUGCAGAAUUUAUUUGGCCGGUUAUCAGAAGUUCCUACAGAGGAUGUUCAGCUUAAGACCAUAAGAAGAAAUUUAUUGCCAGCAUUUCAAGAUCACUUAGCACUAAUGUCCAUUCAGUGUGUUCGUCAGUUAGCAGACAUUUGCCGUACUCUAGAAAGUUCUUUCGAGCAACAAAGGCGAUUUCAACCACCACCUAGACGCUCUGUUGCCUUGCUAGAACCUGAUUUGGCGUAUAACUUAGUUGAAGCUCCACAUGCCGGUCCUUCUAACAGCUCACGUCGUGCCAGCGUCGCCGCAGUUUCAGACAUUACCUGUUAUAAUUGUAGAAAAACGGGACACAUUUCACGCAACUGUCCAAGUCGUCGCCAACGUCCAAUUUGCAGAGGAUGUGGUAGACCAGGUUUUAUUAGACCAAACUGCCCCUCUUGUUCAAAAAACUAG